GUGCCCGAUCCCGUUGAUCCCGGUGCCGGCGCCAUGUCGGACACGUGGAGCUCCAUCCAGGCCCAUAAGAAGCAGCUGGAUUCGCUGCGGGAGCGGCUGCAGCGGCGGAGGAAGCAGGACCCGCUGGACCCCACCCCCCCUCGCACCUCCAGCCCGGCCCCUCCACCUCCCUCCUCCUCCUCCCCCCCUCCCUCCUCCUCCUCCUCAGUGACGUCAUCGCUGACGUCAUCCUCGCGCCGCCCCGCCCCCGAUGACGUCACCGCCUGCGACCCCGCCCUCGAGCGCCGCCUCCUCCUCCUCCUCGCCGACCCCCCCCUCCCGCUGCCGGCCGACGCCGAGGCCCUCUGCCGCGUCAUGGCCGCCGAUGACGUCACGGCCCCGCCCCCGCCCCGGCACGCCGUUGAGAGCCUCCUGCAGAAGUUUGCGGCCCAGGAGCUCAUCGAGGUGCGCCGGGGGCUCUUAGCCCCGCCCACCGAUGACGUCAUUUCCGGCUCCGCCCCCAUCAUGGUGGUGACCUACGCCGACCGCUCCAAGCUGAGCGCCAUGAUGAUGACGUCACCGCCGGCGGCGGCGGGGGGGAGGAGGAGGAAGGCGGAGCAAGAUGGCGGCGUUGCCACGGCGACGAUGGGGGAAGGAGGAGGAGGAGGGGAAGGGAAGGAGGGGGUGAAGAGAGCGCGCAAGAUGGCGUCGGACGUGGACCUGGAGAUCGAGAGCCUCCUGAGUCAGCAGUCCACUAAGGAGCAGCAGAGCAAGAAGGUGAGCCAGGAGAUCCUGGAGCUGCUCCACAGCACCACGGCCAAGGAGCAAUCCAUGGUGGACAAGUUCCGGUCCCGGGGCCGGGCCCAGGUCCAGGAGUUCUGCGAGCACGGGACCAAGGAGGAGUGCGUGAGGGGGAGCGGGGGGCAGAGGCCCUGCCCGAGGCUGCACUUCCGCCGCAUCAUCAACAAGCACACGGACGAGUCCCUUGGGGACUGCUCCUUCCUCAACACCUGCUUCCAUAUGGACACCUGCAAGUACGUGCACUACGAGAUCGACGCCGGCCCCAUAGCGCCGCCCCAUAGCCCGCCCCACACCUCUGCCCCACGGCAGACCCGGAGCCCCCCCCCCAAGGAGCUGGUCCGGCCCCCCGGGGGGAGCGAUGCUGGGGCCGAUCGGCUCUUCCCACCGCAGUGGAUCUGCUGCGACAUCCGGUACCUGGACGUGAGCAUCCUGGGUAAGUUCUCGGUGGUGAUGGCCGACCCCCCCUGGGACAUCCACAUGGAGCUGCCCUAUGGGACCCUCACCGACGAUGAGAUGCGGCGCCUCAACAUCCCCGGCCUGCAGGAUGAGGGCUUCCUCUUCCUCUGGGUCACCGGAAGGGCCAUGGAGCUGGGCCGCGAAUGCCUCAACCUCUGGGGGUACGAGCGGGUGGAUGAGAUCAUCUGGGUGAAGACCAAUCAGCUGCAGCGAAUCAUCCGCACCGGCCGCACCGGGCACUGGCUCAACCACGGCAAGGAGCACUGCUUGGUCGGGGUGAAAGGCAACCCCCAAGGCUUCAACCGGGGCUUGGACUGCGACGUCAUCGUGGCCGAGGUGCGGUCGACGAGCCACAAGCCGGAUGAGAUCUAUGGGAUGAUCGAGAGGCUCUCGCCCGGCACGCGCAAGAUCGAGCUCUUCGGGCGGCCCCACAACGUCCAGCCCAACUGGAUCACGCUGGGGAACCAGCUGGACGGGAUCCACCUGCUGGACCCGGACGUGGUCGCUCACUUCAAGCGGCUCUACCCCGACGGCGUCAUCUCCAAGCCCAAAAACCUCUAGUUUGGGGGCCCGAUU